AUUCCUCAUCAACGAAGGCCGCCGCUGUUGACGCCGAGGGUUCGACUUUAGUGGUCGGCUUCGCUAAUUUCAGAAGAAACGUGCUGAUCUUCUUGUUUGUGAAUGAAACAUGGAGGUUCCGAACUACCCUCUAUAUUGCUAUUGGGGUGGAGAAAUUGUCCACAAAGAUAGCGAUAUAACGUAUAGGGGUGGGAAUCAAAAAUUUGUGUUUGUACAUUCUGCGAUGACAUAUUCACAAGUUCUGAACAAGCUAUAUGAAGAAUUGAGUGUUGAUCCUAGAGGUGUGGAGUUGAAGGUGGUUAUGCGUUAUCCUAUGGCUGGGGCAUAUGUUGCAAUUCCGUUAAAUGACGACAACGCUGUUAGAGCUAUGUGGAUUGCUGUGACUCAGAGUUCUUCUGUUGUAAUGCAAUUGUUCAUUGAACAAGUUCCAAAGGAGCCAGUUGUGCAAACUAACACUGGUUCCUUUCCGGGGAUGGAUUUUUUUGGUAGUGUGGAUCAACCGUUUUCCACUGGUGUUCAAAGUGUGGGCAUAGGGUCAUUCACAAGAAUGCUUGUUGAUCCACAUUAUGUCAAUGACCAUCUCUCACAGUUUAGGUCUCCGGCCUCAUCGCCUAAUGUUGGAACCUCGACAAGCACACAACCACAAGGAAUUCUUGAUUCUCUUGACCCAAACAAUGUUGAUGUAUUUGGCGAUGCAGAGAUGAAUGACACUGAUGAAGAUGAUGAUGAAGAGAUAAUUGAAGCUCGUGAUAAGGCAAUUAAAGGAAGCGCCCCCACUUCAGACUUCAAUGAAGUGGCGCAAGUUGAUCCUCGUUUGAAUAACUCAUGGAUGUCUUGGUUAGGAAAUGAGACAUAUAACAAUGGGGGAGAAUUUGAGGUUGGUCAGCAGUUUGACUCAUUGCAACAACUGAAAGAUGCUGUGAAAUCUUACUCCAUAGCUAGAAAUCAAACAAUUCGAGUUGUGGAGGCAGAGCCAGAGAAAUAUGUUGUUGAGUGCAAGAGGAAAGAACAAUGUAGUUGUUCGUGGAGGCUUAGAGGAGUGAAAGAUCCAACACUCUCUACGUUUAAAAUUGUGAGGUACAACGGCCCUCAUGCAAGUAACUGUGUUGGUGACAUCGACUCGGGAGAUCAUAAGCUACUGACUUCCGAGUUCGUUUGCAAUGCUCUUCUAGAUGUCAUUCGCGUUGAUCCUUCAUUGAAAAUCAAGACAAUGGUGCAACUUGUGAAAGAGAAAUUUGAUGGAUUCCAAAUAACCUACAAGAGAGCAUGGCUAGCGAAACAAAAGGCAAUAAAACUCAUUUAUGGGGGUUGGGAGGGUUCAUAUGAACAGUUGCCUAAGUACAUGCAAGCUCUCAAGGAAUCAAAUCCUGGAACUGUUGUUGAGUGGAGGUUGUUAGAGUGUACGGUUCCUGGAACACAUGUUUUUCAACGAGUCUUUUGGGCAUUCAAGCCAUGUAUUGAUGGAUUCCGUCACUGGGGGACAGCUUCGACCUACAGCUGGGGGAGUGCGACUCUUGGUUUUUUGUAUCGGCAGCUAUGUCGAGGAUGUCAGCGAGAUUCAAGACAGAUUGGAGGCCCGCUCAUCCUACUACAGUUGUGGUCGUGGGAGCAUAUUACUAUUGGCCGACCAUACAUUAGGAGGCCUCGAGAUCCGCCACAGGAGGACCCUGAGGCUGAGGAUGAGGAUGACAUUUUGGGGACUCAGCAUCAGCGAGGUGUUGACCCUUUGGCGUGCAGGUGGUUACGUGUCCAUCUAUCGUGUGCGCAUACUGCUUCUGGACUACCAUACUACAGAGAUGCGUUUGACCAUCAGCGCGAGGACCAGAUGAUUUGGCAGCCAUAUACUGAGGCGGUGAUGGAUCGACUUCCGGAGAUUUGUCGCUCAGACAUGCACAUUUGGCGUUCACGGGCACCUCUGAUAUGCUUUGACGUCGUUGAGUUCCACCUCCCAGACCGAGUCCUUCGUCAGUUCGGGUUAGACCAGCCGAUCCCACAGGAUGUAGACACGGACGUUGCUCUACACAGGAAGGAUCAAAGGGGACAGCGUAAUUGGGAGAUUCGGCAUUCGGACCAUGUACACGAGUGGAGUCGACGAGAGGCAUUAGUCGUCCAGGGAUACCCGUUCACUGGGACUUCUUCCCCGGCCAUGACAGAGUACAUGGCUUGGUACCGUCGCAUCACGAGACUGGUCAUUACUCCACCUUCGCAGGAGCGCCCCCCGAGUCAUUACCAGCCAGCUACCUCGGACCUCCUGCUUGCACAUGCAUUUGCUGAUUUUCACGUCCAGCUAUCGGGAGCUACUGAGACCAUCUCCCACUUGCCACCAGAGACGGCUAUACCAUUUGCCAUACAGACGAUGCAGGGUUUUACAUCAUUUUGUGGCCAAACCUUGUCUAGGGUGGGGCAGUCACACCUUAUUCAGCAGCCUCGACCGUCCACGUCUUCAUCUUCUACUGUGCACACUAUGCCGAUCAGACCACCACCUCAUCGUGGAGGCCAUUCAGCACGUGCCUUCCAUCCACCGACUCCUUCUCAGCAUACUAUCAUGACAUCUCCUCCACUAGUGCAUCGCCAGUAUCAGAGAAACCGACGGCGUAGCAACACUACGUCUGGGGUUGGAGUUGGCCUGGAUGACAUUCCAGAGGAGACAGCUGCAUCAUCUUCAUCGUCACCUCAUGGGAAGAAGCAACGCCCGAGCUAAGUGUAUAUUUUGGAACUAAACUAAUUUUUUUGUAAAUGCUUAGAAUUGGAUUUUGUUAUAUUUAAUCAAUUGAAAAAUAUUCGACUUUGCAA